AUGGACACAUGUAUUGAUAUUAAUUUGCCUACCAUUUGGCGAUUGAAGCAUAAUCAUGAUUUUUAUUGUUGGUUGUUGAUUUGUGCACAGAAAUAUGUCAGUGAAUUAUCGACUGUUCGAGAUUGCGCCACUGAAUGCGUUGAGAAAGAAAUCUGGGAGACACAAACCUACUGCUGCAACAUAGACGGCUGCAAUGGGUCCAACAAAAUGCAGAUCUCCAAACCAUUGUUCUUAUUACCGUUAAUAUAUUGCAUCUACAAAUCGCUGGUAGUCGCCUUCAAUGAGCGGCACUAAGUUACCGAGCAGGCGGUGAAAGUAGCAAAGUUCUUGUAAUUAAUUACUUAUAAUGGGAAUAUAAUAAAGCGUAAAAUAAAUGUGUGGACUAAGGUUUAUAAAUAUUUGAAAAAGUAACUAUUUUUUACCUAAACAAAUUUCGCUACUUGUUUGAAGCUUUUUUAAGGCAAACGAAAUUCGAUUUUUUUUAGUGAUUAAACCAGUUAGUGAAUAUUUGAAAUUCUCAGUUCCAAUAAUUUCUUGUAAGAUUCUCCUAGUUUGUAGAGAUAUUUCACGGUUUUGAAGGCUUGUGUUUGUUUCAAUUUUAGCAAAAAACAAAGGGGAGAAAAAUCAGCACACUCGAGUCAAACUUUCCAAUAUUGGCCAUUCAAAUUCAUACUUUUAAUAGUCUUCCCAAAUGUUUUAGUCGAAAAUAUUGACAAGCGAAAAUGUUUAUACAAGCAGAUAACAAACCACAAAAACAAUUUAAUAUAAAUAAAUACAAGUGAAAUAAAUUAUCUAAAUCCGAAUGUUGAAAAUCUUACGAUUUAAGUAACCAAGAAGCAUAUUAGAACAAAUUCUAAAUAUAAUAAUGCAAAAAAUUAUAUACAUACAUACAUAUAUAGUUACAUUAAUAUGUAAAGCAUUUUCAGCUCAGAAAUUGACAACACCUUCGUACUAAAAAUUAUAAAAAAAAAUAAAAAAAUUCUGAAAUAAGAGCAAACAAGUAAAACAUACAUACUUACAAUAAAAGUAGAUAUUUUCUGUUGGAAACAAGUAAUUAGCAAAGAACAGUUAUUUAAAGCUGCUCUUGUAAUAUAUAAACUUAACUACAAAACAAAAAAAAAAAAAAUAGAGAAAAAAUUGUAAAUAUGAUUU